CGACACUGCCUCUGGAGCUUGGACAUGUCUCUACUACCUGUAACUUACACGCACACACAGUCAGGUGCCAUGUUGCAUUUGGGACAAUCCUUUGGGUGGCCAUUGUCCCCUCCCCCAAAGACUACACUUUAUAAUCUGUACUUAUCCCUAAAUCUUUACUGUUGUUAAUAUGAUGGUUAUCAAUCACUUGUUUUCUCUUUUUUUAUUGUCAUGCUGACCCUCAGGAAAAAAGAACUUGUUAGGCUGAAUGCAGUACCUUAUUUCAUGUUUUUACGAGCCUACAGGGAUGAUAACCAAAAAGAUCAGGGUGACUUUUGUUAACCAGCCAAUGUGGACUUACAACUUUAGUUUUAUCAUUAUAAUCUUCCUGCUAGUGAUGGAUGAUGAUGUAAUUAAGCACCAUUGGAUAUUUUAGGGGGGGGGGGGCGGAUAAGGGCCUUUACAUUGAUUUGUAUCCUCCCUACCUCACUCUUUGCCUCUCAGUCUACCUCUGCUUUCCCCCUUUUUAUUACACGAAACAACACAUUGAGAAGCAGCAAAAACAAAAAUCUCAUUCACUUGGGUUAAUUAAUUCAAUUGUGCAAUUUGAGAACAAAAAUAAUUUUUAUAACCUUAAUGACAGCUAAUACACAGAUAUGUGUGAAGAGACCUUGUAUUUAAUGUUGGGAAUUUAAAUGUUCUUGCAUGCGCUUGGUGUGAACUUCUAGUAUAAUUAAAUACAAGUGAGGUUUGUUUUGAAGCUUCAUUUGAAUAAUCCGGCAUCAAUUAGGCUGGCAAUUAUUUGUUUUUGUUUUUAUUUUUUCUUCUUCUGUCUCCCCAUACAUUUAAAAGUAUGGUAUUUGAUUGUGUAUGUUUAUUCAUUUAACCGUUUACUGUCAAAAAAUACAUUUGUGUCAAAUUUAACCCUCCAAAACAAAUAUUUUAACAACAAUAAAUAUGUACUUUAUUGUCACUCCUGUCAAGCUUUUUGCUAAAAGUGUGCAUAUUUAGUUUAGUUUCAUGCUUGCAAUUGUUUAGUCAUAUAUUUAACGCUUAUUUGAGUUAGCAUUGGCACACGGCGCCUUGUUGGAAUAAUAACCAACAAUCUCAAAUUAAUCGAUAUGUGAAUGUGUACCUAAUGCGGUCUAUUUAAGAAAAUAGUCAGCAAUUUAAUUUUGUAAAUGUUUUGUCUACAUUAUACGGGGAAAUCCCUGUUAUAAUCGUUACAUUGUCAAUUACCGUAACCAUCUGCACUUGUAAAUUAUUCCUUACUACCCAUCGAGUCAUUUUUAGUAUUUUCUGGCUUAUUUCUGACCAAUCGGAAGCGACGAGGGUUCCGCCAAUCAGCUUCCUUGCUGCUGCUUGAGCGCCCGCCUCCUUGCUGGAGUAUUUAUUUAAGCCAAACCGCACGCGUGGAAUUACUAGAGCGAGGCGAAAGGUUGUUUUACGGUCUGGAAAACAAUUAAAAGUGCAAACAUGGUGGAUGCGUUCUGUGCUAAGUGGAAACUGGUCGACAGCAAGGACUUUGAUGAGUACAUGAAGGCGGUCGGUAUUAAUUUUGCUACGAGACAAGUGGGCAACGUGACCAAACCCACUGUGGUGAUCAGCAAGGAUGGAGACAAAGUGGUGGUGAAGACGCUCAGCACCUUCCGGAACACUGAGCUCUCCUCUAAACUUGGAGAGGAGUUUGACGAGAUCACCGCUGAUGACCGAAAAGUCAAAUCUAUUUUCACUCUGGAGGGUGAUAAAUUUGUGCACGUGCAGAAGUGGGACGGAAAAGAGAGCAAAUUUGAGCGUGAGAUAAAGGAUGGAAAGAUGGUGAUGACUUUGACCUGCCAAGGCGCCCAGGCUGUUCGCACGUAUGAAAAGGCAUAAUUUUAGUAUCAUUUGAGAGGAUUCUGUUUUUAUGUUGUGUAAUUUGCACUGAUAAGAUGAAAAUUGGAGCCUUAUAUUGUAGAAAAGAAGCCUCAAAUAAAUAAUUACUGUUUG